AUGGAAAAAAGAUGGUAUGACCUUGCCAAAGCACAGGCUUUACCAAAGGAGAAAAUCUCCAAAAGACUGAAGGCAAACCAGGCUCCGUGUUCUUUCAGCUUCGUGAAUGUGGGCAACCGGAACACCGGGAUAACUACUGAAUGUCCCCUGUGCCAGUUAGAAGAUGACACCAACUAUGAGUUCUACCUGGAGUGGCUCCCGCUGUUCUGUGCGGACUUGCCGUACAUUUCGGAAAUCAAGGACGUUCUGAUGAAGCUGCACGAUGAAUGUGGCCCCUUAUGCCGGGCAAAGACCAAGCUUGAAGUUGAGGACUUGAAGUUCAUCGUGCGUCAAUUGCGUGGCCAUAUGUGGGCCAAAAAAGGAAAGACGAAGUCGCAGGAGUCACUGAAUCCUGAGGAGACCCCAGCUUCUCAGGAGGUCUCAGCUUCUCAGGAGGCACCAGCUUCUCAGGAGGCACCGGCAAGCACAGGAGGUGACCCGCUUCUUGGGUUUUCACUUACCAAGGAAAAUUUAGAAGAAGAGGCAGAGGCCUUGGAGAGCCAAAAGAAUGUGGGUGCAGUAGCUCAGGAUUCACAGCUUGUUGAGUCGCAAGCGGAUCGGGAAGAACCAAGUGCUCCUUCGGGAGUUGAAAGCCCAAUGCCACUUGAAAGUAGCCAGCAGCCUGGGACUUCUGCUGUUGUUGAUAUUUGCACACCAGAGACAAGUUUAGACCCAGCCUCACCUCCACCACCUGCUUUGGAAGACAGUCAAACACCUCCCCACUGGACUAGCGACCAGAAGUUCGAGCAAUACCUCAAAGGCCCACCUGUGCCUGUUGAAACACCUCAGCCCGCAACUCCCGGGGAAGAGGAACUGAAAAAAAUGGAACACCAGGAGGAGGAUCAUGAUACCCGAUCAGAUGAAGAGGAACUGAAGAGAAGGCAAGCUUUUAAGGAUCGAAGUCCUUUGUUUGAAGUUCCAGAGUUGCCGGACCUGAUGGAAGAGUACUUGGAAAAAUUCCCAGAGAUGAAAGAUUUCAAGAAAGACAAAGACCAAAAGGUGGUUUCCAAUUUGGUCCUUCAGUUGCAGAAAGAUGCCCGCAGAGACGUCAACGCUGAGAAGAGAGAGGCACAGGGAGAGUUGGACCAGAAACGGCAGAAAAAAGAAAAGGCAGCCCAGGGAAGGGGAAAGGGUCGUGGGCGUGGGCGGGGAGGAAGAGGCCGAAAGAGUCAGGAAGAAACCCCUGAAGUUGAGGAGAACGUUCCAGGGAAAUACGCAGAUGAAGCUGUUGCUGCAUCAACUGAGCAAGGGAUGCAAAGACUUCGUUCCCAACGAGAGCUGGAGGCAGGGUGCACAUAUGGUCCAGCAAAGUUAUUAAUUAAUGCACUUGCAAACAUCAAAAUUCGAUCGUGGGAGGCUGAUGGAGGGGACGACGAAGGAGAUGGUUCUGCAGCUGAUGAGGUUCCAAAGGCCAGCCCUAUGCAGUUCAAUGAAAUUGCUCAUUCGUGA